AUGGAGGCGGAACUACAAGCGCAGAUUCCGGGCAUAGACCGGGUCAUCUCUGAAUACUCCGUGGGUUAUCUUACCCACGCCUCCCAUGCCUACGUCGAAGAGGCAGACGCAAAUGCACCCUCGCCGUUAGCCGAAGCCGCCGAUACCGUGACCGAACUCCUUGUCUCUGCCUCUGGCGACUUUUCAUCCGAAAACGAGCUGGCUAUUCGCAACCUAGUGGAAAAGUUUAUUUCAUCGCUGAAUGCCGCUGACGGCAUCGAUGCAGAACGGCGGCAAAUGCCCUUUGCUGCAAAGAAGCUCGAUCAGACGAUCAAUGUCGGCGCACAAAGAAACAUGUCGUCAACGCUUGGGUUGGUCGGCGGAGGUGUGGAUCUGGAGUCCGCCUCUACACGAAAAGUAGAGUCCCGAGUCGAUCGGAAGAAGCUCGAAAAGGCAGAACGGAAGAUUAGGGCUAAGCAAGACAAGAAGUUGGUUAAGAACGUUCAAUACGAAGCAUCAAGACUGCUUGAUCAACCGGAUAGCACUCAAUCGUAUGAAGAGUUCUUCAUGGCUGUUAAUCCUCUUCAACUAGGAGCGGAUGCUCAGUCCAAGAGCAAAGAUAUCAAGGUGGACGGUAUAGAUAUUUCUAUCGGUGGAAAGAGAAUCCUCACGGAUGCUUCGUUAUCAAUGGCUUACGGUCGAAGAUACGGUCUGGUCGGUCAGAACGGUAUCGGAAAGUCUACACUUCUCCGUGCCUUGAGUCGUCGUGAAGUCGCAAUUCCCACUCACAUCUCGAUCUUGCACGUUGAACAAGAGAUUACCGGUGACGAUACUCCUGCACUUCAAGCCGUUCUAGAUGCCGACGUGUGGCGUAAGCACUUACUUCAAGAGCAAGAAAAAAUCACCAAACAACUGGCUGACAUUGAUGCCGAAAGAUCAUCAAUGGCCGAUACAUCAAAAGAUGCUGCAAGAUUGGACAAAGAAAGAGACGGCUUAGACAUAACGCUCACUGAUAUACACGCAAAACUUGCGGAAAUGGAAUCAGACAAGGCCGAGUCUCGUGCCGCAAGUAUUCUUGCUGGCCUGGGUUUCUCACCAGAACGUCAAAAGUUCGCCACCAAGACGUUUUCUGGUGGCUGGAGAAUGAGAUUGGCUCUUGCUCGUGCCCUCUUCUGUGAACCAGAUUUGCUCUUACUCGACGAACCGUCAAAUAUGUUGGACGUCCCAUCUAUUACUUUCUUAGCAAACUACCUUCAGUCAUAUCCAAGCACAGUCCUGGUUGUCUCUCACGAUCGUGCAUUCUUGAACGAAGUCGCAACCGAUAUCAUUCAUCAGCAUUCGGAAAGACUCGAUUACUAUAAGGGAGCCAAUUUCGAUUCGUUCUAUGCAACCAAGGAAGAACGCAGAAAGAACGCUAAGCGCGAAUAUGAGAACCAGAUGGCACAACGAGCACAUUUGCAGGCCUUUAUCGACAAGUUCCGAUACAAUGCAGCCAAGUCGUCGGAAGCACAGUCAAGAAUCAAGAAAUUAGAGCGCAUGCCAGUGCUCGAACCACCAGAGAACGAAUAUGUUGUCCACUUCAAGUUUCCUGAAGUCGAAAAACUCUCUCCUCCUAUUAUCCAAAUGACCGGAGUUGCUUUUGGCUAUACCAAAGACAAGCCCCUCCUUAGCAAUGUCGACUUGGACGUGCAACUCGACUCUCGUAUCGGUAUUGUAGGACCCAACGGUGCUGGCAAAACGACGGUGUUGAAACUGCUUAUUGGACAAUUGCAACCUACCAGUGGUCUUAUUUCUCAAAACCCGCGUUUAAGAAUUGGCUACUUUGCUCAACACCACGUUGAUGCUUUAGACCUCAAUGAUAGUGCUGUGGGCUUCAUGACGAAGAACUACCCAGGCAAAACUGAUGAAGAAUACCGCCGACAUCUCGGAGCUUUCGGUAUCACCGGAAUGACGGGUCUCCAGAAACUUGGCUUACUUUCCGGAGGUCAAAAGUCCCGUGUAGCAUUUGCCUGCCUAUCGCUUACCAAUCCCCAUAUUCUCGUUCUCGACGAACCUUCUAACCAUCUUGAUAUUGAAGCUAUGGAUGCUUUGUCGGAGGCUUUGAAGAAUUUCCAAGGCGGUGUACUCAUGGUAUCCCACGACGUGACCAUGCUGCAAAACGUGUGCACGAGUCUCUGGGUCUGCGACAAUGGUCGGGUUGAGAAGUUCGAUGGAGACGUGAAGGCUUAUAAGAAGAAAAUUUCCGCUCAAGCAGAUGCUGCAGGAGUGGCUAGGGCACAGUACUAGAUUAGAUUGUAUAAUACACAACCACGUUGUAUAUACUUUGACGGUUUCUAGUAUUCUGACCAAUGAGAAGUG